ACCUGAUGCAAAUAAACUUAGUAGAUUGAGUCACCCCUCAGAACACCUGUCUUGGCUCCACCCUACCCUCUACUUUCUCUCCUAAGAUAAUCGGAAUAACACAAGACAGGUGCAGAAAAAGUUGGUGUACUGGUAUAAGAGGCAGUAAGGACAUCAGUAAGCAGCAUUACCAGCAACGCCUUCCACGCACCACCACCAUGAAGGUCCUGGCCGAGAUCUCCAUAGCAGCUUGCAUCCUGAGCCUCGCCUACAGUCACAUGGAGGCGGAGGACAACAUGCAGGAAGGUGCGGGAUCCAGGUUCUUUAUCGGUGGGACAUUACUGGGCUGCGUCCUUCGGCUAAAGCAUAAAGACGGAUUUUGUGAAAAGAUCGACUCCUGGCUCAGCACCACAGGAGCGGAAAUCGUAGAAGCCAACACACAGUCACGUUUCAUCGUCAGCCUCCUUAAUCGCAAGUGUAACACAAACAGGAUGAUGGAGCUGAACGGUGACAUGGAAGCAGAGAUGGAAGAAAAAAUCUUUUGGACCCAAACUUUGGAAUCUGUUUGUGCCGACUGCGAAGACUAUGCGCAAGAAAUCGACGAGUCCAAGGUUCCCGCCAACUACACACUAGUGGACACCUACUCUGAUGUGAUCACUGUGGCCUGCAACACAACCGCGAGAAUGGACGACUUCUACUGAACGCACCGCAGCGGCAGCCACUCCACCACCACCACGGCUAUGGAAAAGUACGACAAACAAAUUAACAAAAAAAAGGCACGAAAAAAAAAAAAGAAACAAGAAAAGUGAAAAAAAAAAAAAAUCCAGAUACCUCUGCUCCUCUCCUUAUUUAUUCUCUACUCUGUCUCGUGCAAGUCACCUAAACAUUGACUCAGAAUGCGACUCGGUAAUCGGACUCAGUAAUCAAGUUGUUAGUGCUAAGACAUUAGGAGCUUUAAGAGAAUAUUAAACGAAUUUAUGGUAGGGGACGAUGGAUGGAAAUAUGUAGGUAUAUUUCAUACAGGGACUGCCACGUGUAGGCCUGAUGGCUUUUUGCAGCUUCCCUUAUUUCUUAUGUUCUUAUGUUCUUAUGACUCACAUUAGACCACCCAAUCUCGACCAGAGACUUACUGGUUGACUGACAUCUUUCUCUUCUUACGUAUGGAUGAAAAUGUAAACGUUUUCACCUCCUUUAGCUGAUAGCCAGCAACGUUGUUCUGGUUCUUAAGGCUUCUUUACAAAUUCUACAAGUGUGAUGCGUAGAUGCAUGGUAGUGUCAUAAAUAGAUGCAUAUCAAUUAAACUAGUCAUGUGCUCUGCGUCCUAACACCUGUUCGUCGCAAGUGUCCAGGUGACAGAACAGAUGGUGAGGUGAUACAUGAUCAUUUUAUUAACGCUGAGUCCAUAAAACACUUUCACAUCCCAUUAUGACAGCAAAAACGACAAAAACACUGAUGAAAAACAAACACAAGAAAAUUGUGAAAAACGUAACCUGCCACAUCCUUUCAACGCUGAAAGCUAAUAAAGUAAAGUCAGAUCAGACAUCAACAGCAACAGUAACAACGGCAACAUUACCACUGAUGCGCAGAAAACAAGGCGUAAUAACAACAGAAACGAAACGAACGCAAAGAACACUUGCGGUGGGACAAAACUGAGAAAUGAACACAAAUAGAAGCAGCAACUAUGUUAACAAACAGAGAAACAAUAAGAUAACGAGUAAACAUUAUAUACGUAUUCACCAACACUUAUUACUCUUUCACUGUUAUCGUUCAUCACGUCUUUAAUUAUUGCACCACCAAUUUUUUUUUUUGUCAUCAAACUUGUGUUACUUGACAUUUAUGCUAUGAAAAUAAAUUCAUAUUUGGA